UGUUCAAAUUUCCACUUUGAUUGCAAACUCUGUCCUCUUUCUACGAGGAAAAUGACCAAAUUCUUCUGCGUCGAUUGACAGAGCUAUCCAUUAACUGUUUCUUGUUGUUUUUGUUGCGUUGUUGGGUGGUGGGUUUGAGCUGAUCGAGCGAUUUUUCAAGGACAUUCACUCUGUACCUUCUUCCAAUCGGUUCUUCAUCAUCAAUGGCGGAUUCUCUUUGCUCCUUGUUUUUGAGGCUCUGUAGAUUGUCUAUUACUGGGUUUGAUCUUUUGCUUAUUUUCCUUCAUUCCCUUUUAUAGCUUUUUCCCUUUUCACCGGGUUUUCCGGUUUCUCUCUAUCUCUCUCUCUCCGCCGUUCGGUUCCCGAGAAAUUUGAGACCUAACGAUGCGAGCCUCGGUACUUUCCUUUACGCUCAUCUUUUUUGUUGCUGUAUGCGGAGUUUAAUUUAAUAUUAUCUUAUUCUUGAUUCUUGUACUUAGGGUUUUUUUUUUUUUUUUUUAAUUGAAUAAUUGUCAUGUUGGAUCUGAAAUCGGAGAAGAAGUGAAGAAUCUUUCCAUUUUUUUUUGUUCUGUAUAGAUUUUUAAUCCUGGAUUUCCUGGAAAUCAGUGCCCUGCAUGCGCUGUUGAUACUGAUCUUGGAUUGUUUGAGGAGGUUUGUGUUGAAGAUUGAUGUUAUAAGAUUGGAUUCUUUAGAUUUUGGUUGGCUUUAUUGCAGAGAGGUGAAGAAUUAUCAUGGCAUCAGUGUUUUUGUAUCAUGUGGUUGGGGAUCUGACUGUAGGAAAGCCGGAGAUGGUUGAGUUUUAUGAGACGGAGACGAUUGAAACGGCAAUUCGGGUGAUCAGAGAGUCGACGGAGUGUGGGAUACCAAUUUGGAUGAGGAAAAGUCAUGGAAUUAUUGAGAAUGCUGAAAUGAAACAGAGGAGAUUUGUAGGAAUUCUCUCGUCUUUGGAUAUCGUCGCCUUUCUGGCUCGAACGGAGAAUCAAAAGGAUCAAGAUAGGGCAAUGAAGACUCCAGUUUCGGAGGCUGUAGUUCCCAAUCAUUCGUUGUUGAGACAGGUCGAUCCUGCAACAAGAUUGAUUGAUGCAUUAGAAAUGAUGAAGCAAGGUGUGAGGCGUCUUCUAAUCCGAAAAAGUGUGGUGUGGAAAGGAAUGAGCAAAAGGUUUUCCGUUCUCUAUAAUGGUAAGUGGUUGAAGAACGUUGAUACCUCUGUCGGUAGCAGCAAUAACCUCAACGUAAAUGCUAACCACCCAUCGUCGUCUUCGACAUCUACUUGUCACGAUAAGUUUUGUUGUCUCUCAAGGGAAGAUGUCAUCCGUUUCCUUAUUGGUUGUCUCGGUGCCCUUGCUCCUCUCCCUCUAUCCUCCAUCUCUACACUAGGGGUCAUCAACCCAAACUACUGCUCGAUCGACGCCUUGACUCCUGCAAUCGAUAUCACUCAUAAGCUUCCAGAUGAUCCUACUGCAGUUGCUGUGGUGGAAAACAUGCAUGAUAAUCAAUACAGGAUCAUUGGAGAGAUCUCAGCCUCCAAACUCUGGAAAUGCAAUUACUUGGCUGCUGCUUGGGUUUUAGCCAAUCUUUCUGCUGGGCAGUUCGUGAUGGGGGCGGAAGACAACAUGGCCUCACGUAUUGUCCCUGAUCUAUCCACCAAUGCUAACGGUUGCGAGAACGACCGUGCUAAUGCUGGUGGUGAAAAACGGGUAAGGAAAUUCAGCAGUAGAAGCAUCGGAUUCAAGCCAUCGAGCCCGGCAUUGAGGAUCAGUCGGAGCAUGUACCGGGGCAGAAGUGCUCCUUUGACAUGUAGAGUAACAAGUUCAUUGGCUGCUGUUAUGGCUCAGAUGCUUUCUCAUAAGGCAAGCCAUGUGUGGGUAACUGAGGAUGAAAAUGAUGAAAUUUUGGUUGGAGUUGUGGGUUAUGCUGAUAUUUUAGCUGCAGUUACGAAGCAACCUAGGUCGUUUAUACGAGCUAAUCGAUCCUUCGAGGCGCUUGGAAAUUCUAUUCAGAUCUAAUAUACUGCUUUUCGUACUUGUUAUAUAAUAUAAACGUGUCAUGUAUGAGAGAGAUUUGAGGUUGUUGUAAACUUGUUUGCCUUGUUCUCUCAUAAAUUUUUGACAAUUAUCGUUGUUAAUGGAAUUGUAUCUACUGCUAGUUUGUACUAAAA